AUGUUUGAGUAUUUAUGUGCCAACGGGAAAACGAGACAAGCUGAGAGAGUUUUCAGGCAGUUGAUGAAAAUAGGAGCGCAAGAUCCACCUUCUUACAGGACUUUGAUCAUGGGACACUGCAGAGAAGGUAGUUUCAAAGGUGGUUACGAGUUGUUGGUUCUGAUGCUGAGGAGGGAGUUUGUGCCUGAUCUUGAAACCUAUAAGUUGCUGAUUGAUGGGCUGUUGAAGACAGAAACGAAUAAGACAGAACAUUCGACUGAUGUUGUCAGAUUACUAUUUAGCUGUGGUCUGAAGGACAAGGCGUUUGUUGUUGUUAGGUUGGUUUAUGAGAACGGUUAUUUAGUUAAGAUGUACGAGUUGGUUGAUUUCUUAUGCGAGAAUAGAAACCUAGUUGAUUCAGCUCAUAGGCUUGUCAUGUUUUGUCUGGAGAAUAAUCAGAUGGUAAAUAUCAGGACAUGCAAUAGAGUCACUGAAGGACUGUGUAAGCAUAAGAGACACUCUAAAGCGUUUAGUUUUUUUAAUGAAUUGGUGGAAAUAGGAAAGCACCAAGAGCUUAGCUGUCAUCUAGUUUUGAGAAACGCCUUGGAGGCUGCUGGAAAGUUAAAAGAAGUUCGGUUUGUGUUGAAGAGGAUGGCUAUGUUUAGAUGA